AUGUCCGUCCUGCAGCCAGUGGAGCAACUCUCUCUGGCGCAGCUGGAAAUCAAGUUCCAGUCCCACAGGUCCUCAGUGUGUCCCUGUACAAGGUGCUGCAUGCAACCCUGAGGGGAGUGAGACACAAGGCCAACCGCAGGCUGGUGCUGUCCUAGUUGGCGCAGCAGGAUCCAGAGCCAAAUCCCUCACCCUGGCAGAGAACUGGCGUAAACUGGGUCACACGGACUGGUACUGAAGCUGCAGCCACACCCUGACCACGGAUACCUUCAUGUCCCACCACCCGGGGGAACGCCGCCCCGUUCAGGCCGACCGUAACCCUCCCAGAGUUCCAGGCCUCACUGGUGGCUGUAUCCCUGAACCCUCUGCAGUGCCGCUCUUGGCGGAAGAGGAGCGCCGUCUACCUCCCGGUGACGCCCAGCAAUGUGUGUAAACCCAGCCGCCUCUACAUCGACUUCAAGGGCUGGCAGGACUGGACCAUCACUCCGCAGAGCUACUGGCCAACUACUGGCACGCUGAGAGCCUGAACUGCACCAACCACGCCGUCCUGCAGACACUGGUACAGUCCCUGGACCCCCGCAGCACGCCCCAGCCCUGCAGUGUACCCAUCCACCUGUCACCUGUCUCCAUGCUCUACUACGACAACAACAACAACAUAGUCCUAUGCCACUACCAGGACAUGGAGGUGGAUGAAUGUGGCUGCAGAUGAAAUACAUUAGGAGGUGUGAAAAGGGGAUUUAUAUAACAUUUAAGAGAGUGGUUGGUGGAGUGGAUUUUAGGAAAGUUUCAUUUGCCAUGUUAUUUUUAUUUCAUCACUCAUAAAUAAAACCGAUAUAUUUAGGGAGUCUCCUGCAUUAUUUAGACAGAUGGUCUCUACUCAGUUUAAUACAGACACACCUAUCAGCUAACACAGAAAGUUCCGCUAGAAAUUGACUUCAUAGAACAGACAUACAAGUUAUCCCUCUCUGUCCUCUCUGUUUCACUCUGCAGUAAAAAAAAAGGUGGUUGUCCCACUGGCUAUCAUAAGUUGAAUGCACCAAUUUGUAAGUCGCUCUGGAUAAGAGCAUCUGCUAAAUGAUGUAAAUGUUAACACUGGAUCGUCAUAUAUCUGUGUUGAUCCUGGAUCGUCAUAUAUCUGUGUUGAUCCUGGAUCGUCAUAUAUCUGUGUUGAUCCUGGAUCGUCAUAUAUCUGUGUUGAUCCUGGAUCGUCAUAUAUCUGUGUUGAUCCUGGAUCGUCAUAUAUCUGUGUUGAUCCUGGAUCGUCAUAUAACAGUGUUGAUCCUGGAUUGUUGUUUAGCUGUAUUAAUCCUGGAUCAUGCCCCAUGAAAUCAGGAUGUUCCACUGAGUCCAUAUAAAAAACGCUAUUUGUAGAAUUGUUUGUUAUUUGUCUAAAACACUAUAGAGAGGGUUUUAGCAUAGAGACUUGAGUGAGGUUAGGGGGAGGUGUAGUCUGAAAACCUACUUCUUCAUGAGUGUCUUGAUUAAUGCCACAACCCCCCCCCCCCCCCCCCCCCAUCUGCUAAAGGACUAAAAUGUAAAAUGUGUAACAGAGGUGAGUCAGACUCAUGCUCUCGUGAUGAGGUAGCCCUGCCUGGUACUUCAAAAUCAGUGUCACCCUCGGUCCAAGAGGUACUUCCUUCUUGGCCAAUUGGUUCAGAUGUUUGUUUUCCACUCAGGAUACCAGGGUUCAGAUCCUAUCUGUGACAGAGUCAUGACUCAGAGGUGGGAUUCUUGACCUGUGCAGGGGGGACUUGUUUAGGGGUGAGGGUUGUACUCAGGCUGACUGGGGGGGGGGGGUCCUAAUGGAAGUUGUACUCAUGUUCAUGCACACAAAAAACACUAGAGGUGUACACAGGUUCACUUCCAAUGUUUAUGUUGUAUUAGGGCCUUAUUGGGGCCCUGGAGUAAAGCAUUUGUGUGUGUGUCUCCAACACCUUUCAUUGGUAGAAUUCAUUAUUCCAGAGCCUUGCAUAUAGGUGAUAACAGGAGCCUCUGGUGUGAUGAACUUUAAACAAGUCAAACUAACAUCAUUCAAGAGUUGUUCACUUACCCACUAGAGACACUAUAGUCCCAGUGACAUCAGGCACAAAGCACAGGUUGAGUUUUGCUGAUGCAAUAUGCUUUUUGAGAAUUGUGUGUGUGUGUGUGUGUGUGUGUGUGUGUGUGUGUGUGUGUGUUGUGUGUGUGUGUGUGUGUGUGUGUGUGUGUGUGUUGUUUGACUGACUGACUGACUGUGUGUGUGUGUGUGUGUGUGUGUGUGUGUGUGUGUGUGUGUGUGUUUGUGUGUUGUUUGACUGACUGACUGACUGUGUGUGUGUGUGUGUGUGUGUGUGUGUGUGUGUGUGUGUGUGUGUGUGUGUGUGUGUGUGUGUGUGUGUGUGUGUGUGUGUGUGUGACUGACUGACUGACUGUGUGUGUGUGUGUGUGUGUGUGUGUGUGUGUGUGUGUGUGUGUGUGUGUGUGUUUGUGUGACUGACUGACUGUGUGUGUGUGUGUGUGUGUGUGUGUGUGUGUUUGUGUGUGUGUGUGUGUGUGUGUGUGUGUGUGUGUGUGUGUGUGUGUGUGUGUGUGUGUGUGUGUGUGUGUGUGUUGUUUGACACCUUUAAUUGGUAGAGUGAUAUAUGUGUCGUUAUUACAGAGCCUUGCAUGGUAGUGCUAACAGGUCCCUCUGGAAUCUGAGAGAACAACAAACCAUACAAAAAUAUGAUUGGAUCAGAAUACUACAGGGUCAUGUCUGGCAAAUAUGUGUCCCAAUGAUGUAACUGUCUCCCUCAACUUGAAUAACUAUUUCAUAAUUCAGUUCAGAUGGACAUUUUUACAAGUCUAUGUAAUGUCCCUAUGGAAUGCCAUUAGUGCAUCCACCAUAAAGAUAUGCCAUCUUAUCAACUGCCUGACUGUCAAUGUUCUCAUGCACUGGCCAAAUGACAUAUGCCGUCAUCUGUCCUGUAGUUUAUCAAGGCCUUCCUUCCAAAUCUAAUUUCAUUGUCUUGAGUAUUGGAAGUCUAAAGAACUUCAGUAUAAGAUUUUGCAUUUGAAUCGCAGGGCUGGCAUUUAACGCUCACCGGUAGUUUUGUAUCUUAUGAUAACUAGCUUAUUGCUGACCAUUUUUCCAGAAACACAACCUCUGUUUGGAGCUCCAUCUAUGCAAAAUAUUUGAUGGGUUUGAUAAGUGGCAACCUGUCACUAGUUCCCAGAACCUUUAUAGAAACUUAGGAAAGGGUUCUUUAAAGCACCAUAAAGGUUUCAAUUAGAACCUUACGAUCAUGGUUCUUUAUCUCUUUAACUGUCUCUUCUAGAAAAACAUGUAGAAACAAUUAUUUCAUCUUAAAUUCCUGUUACUAACAACUCAAACAGGAAUUUCCAAUAGUGUUUUUCUUUAACUUGCUGUUUAUUCUACCAGGCACUUGAGAAGUCAAGAGGGUCGUACCAGCGAUACCAUAUUAGAAUGGCAAUUUGCAUAGCAUUUUUACUCAUCUCAACAAUAUUGCAAAGUGCCAGACCCGAUCUCCACCGCAGUGAGGGGCCGGUGUACGCACCCGGAGAUCGAGUCUGGCUCUCUACCAGAAACCUACCCCUCCGCCUGCCCUGCCGGAAGUUGGGUCGGCGGUUUGUGGGGCCUUUUAAAGUCCUGAGAAGAUUGAACGAGGUGUGUUAUAGGUUACAUCUACCUGUUGAAUAUAAGAAUAUUAACCCCUCGUUCCAUGUGUCUCUUCUCAUGCCGGUGGUAGCUGGUCCACUCCAGGAAGGUGAGAUAGGAGAGACUCCUCCGCCCCCACUGGACAUCGAGGGGGCUCCGGCGUACACCGUUCGGUCCAUCUUGGACUCAAGACGCCGGAUGCGGGGUCUCCAGUAUCUCGUGGAGUGGGAGGGGUACGGCCCGGAGGAGCGGUGCUGGGUGCCGCGGAGGGACAUCCUAGACCCAUCUCUCCUGUCGGAGUUCCACCGGGACCAUCCCGCGCGCCCUGCUCCGCGUCCUCCUGGUCGUCCCCGAGGCCGGGGUCGGCGCACGGCUGGAGCCGCGCAUCAAGGGGGGGGGGUACUGUCACGGUUUCGGCCGAGGCUGCUCCUCCUCCUGGUUCGGGCAGGCUUCGGCGGUCGUCGUCCCCGGAGUACUAGCUGCCACCGAUCUAUGUUUCAUGUUCGUUUGGUUUUGUCUUGAUGUUGUACACCUGUGUCUAGUUAGUCCUCGUUAGUGUCCUAUUUAGUUCUCGUUGUGUGUGUUGGGUGUUGUGUGUGAUUACGCUUCUGUUUGGUGUUUGAGCUACGUAUCUUCCCUCCGUUGUUUGGAGAGGUUUUCGCACAUGUUAGUGCGCCGUUUGUUUGACGCCUGUGUGCGCCUUUAUUUCGCCUCCGGGCUUAUUGUGCUCAUUUACUACGUGAAUAUUUCACUAAAGUCUUUUGGACUGAGCUUCUGCGUCCUGCGCUUGAUUCCUGCACCACACCCACCUUCAGCACCCCUUGACAAAUACCCCAUAAUGACAAAGCAAAAACAGGUUUUUAGAAAUGUUAGCAAAUGUAUAAAAAUAAAGAAGGAAAUCAUCUAUUUACAGAACUGAAGGGCAUGCUGCCUGGCCUCCUGUAGCUCAGUUGGUAGAGCAUGGCGCUUGCAACGCCAGGGUUGUGGGUUCGACUCCCACGGGGGGGCAGUAUGAAAAAUGUAUGCACUCACUAACUGUAAGUCCCUCUGGAUAAGAGCGUCUGCUAAAUGACUAAAAUUUAAAUUAAAAAAUAUUCAGACUCUUUACUCAGUACUUUGUUAAAGCACAUUUGGCAGCGAUUACAGCCUCAAGUCUUCUUGGGUGUGACACACCUGUAUUUGGGGAGUUUCUCCCAUUCUUCUCUGCAGAUCCUCUCAAGCUCUGUCAGGUUGGAUGUGGAGCGUCGCUGCACAGCUAUUUUCAGGUCUCUCCAGAGAUGUUCGAUCAGGUUCAAGUCAGGGCUCUGCCUGGGCUACUCAUAGACUUAUCCCGAAGCCACUCCUGCGUUGUCUUGGCUGUGUGAUUAGGGUCGUUGUCCUGUUGGAAGGUGAACCUUUACCCCAGUCUGAGGUCCUGAGAGCUCUUGAGCAGGUUUUCAUCUCUCUGUACUUUGCUCCGUUCAUCUUUCCCUUGAUCCUGACUAGUCUCCCAGUCCCUGCCGCUGAAAAACAUCCACACAGCAUGAUGCUGCCACUACCAUGCUUCACCGCAGGGAUGGUGCCAGGUUUCCUCCAGACGUGACGCUUGGCAGCAAGGCCAAAGAGUUCAAUUUUGGUUUCAUCAGACCAGAGAAUCUUGUUUCUCAUGGUCUGAGAGUCCUUUAGGUGCCUUUUACUGAGGAGUGGCUUCCGUCUGGCCACUCUACCAUAAAGGCCUGAUUGGUGGAGUGCUGCAGAGAUGGUUGUCCUUCUGGAAGGUUCUUCCAUCUCCACAGGGGAAUUAUGGUGCUCUGUGACCAUCACCUCCCUGACCAAGGCAAAUCUCCCCCGAUUGCUGAGUUUGGCCGGGCGGCCAGCUCUAGGAAGAGUCUUGGUGGUUCCACUGUGUUCUUGGGGACCUUUCCAAAUCAUGUCCAAUCAAUUGAAUUUACCACAGGUGGACUCCAAUCAAGUUGUAGAAACAUCUCAAGGAUGAUCAAUGGAAACAGGAUGCAUCUGAGCUCAAUUUCGAGUCUCAUAGCAAAGUGUCUGAAUACUUAUCUAAAUAAGGUCCUUGUUUUUUUAUCUGCCACAAUUUGCAAAAAAACUGUUUUCGCUUUGUCAUUAUGGGGUAUUGUUUGUAGACUGAUGAGGAAAAACAUUUAUUUAAUCAAUUUGAGAAUAAGGCUGUAACCUAACAAAAUGUGGAAAAAGUCAACGGGUCUGAAUAAUUUCCCAAUGCACUGUAUCAACCGCCUGGUUAAGCACAUUUUUACGAAAUUCUUGCUUUUGAACCUUUUUACAUUGAAACUUUUGUAUUUACAUAUUCCUACUAUUCAAGGUCUCUACUGACAGGAAUGGUGCUAUAUUAAUCCCUCACUAAUUGAAUUCCUGACUUUUGUACAACAACUUUGGUGACUGAUUUUGAGUUUUCUUCCAGCCCUCUGAAUGGGCAAAGUUAGAGUGCCACAACACUGAACUGCAGCACCCCAAAAUCAUACAUAUUAUGUUAAUUGAUGCAGGAGGGCUGGGGGAGUUGACCAAUCAGGUUCAAGUGAUGUUUUUUUUCAUAUCCACUUCUAAAUCUAUUGUCAAAACAUGCCCUACAAGCUGGUUGAGAACAGGGUUCACUACAUAUUCGUCGCCAAACCCACUGGCUCCAGGUCAUCUAUAAAUCACUUCUAGGCAAAUCCCCGCCUUAUCUUAGCUCAUUGGUCACCAUAGCAACACCCACCCGUAGUCUGCACUCCAGCAGGUAUAUCUCACUGGUCAUCCCCAAAGCCAACACCUCCUUUGGCCGCCAUUCCUUCCAGUUCUCUGCUGCCAAUGACUGGAACAAACUGCAAAAAUCUCUGAAGCUGGAGACUCUUAUCUCCCUCACUAACUUUAAGCAUCAGUUGUCAGAGCACCUUACCGAUCACUGCACCUGUACACAGCCCAUCUGAAAUUAGCCCACCCAACUACCUCAUCCCCAUAUUGUUAUUUAUUUUGCUCAUUUGCACCCCAGUAUCUCAAUUUGCACAUCAUCUUCUGCACAUCUAUCACUCCAGUGUUAAUACUAUUGUAAUUAUUCUGCACUAUAGCCUAUUUAUUGCCUUACCUCCAUAACUUACUACAUUUGCACACACUGUAUAUAUAUUUUCUAUUGUAUUUUUGACAUUAUGUUUUUUUACCCCAUAUGUAACUCUGUGUUGUUGUUUUUAUCGCACUGCUUUGCUUUAUCUUGGCCAGGUCGCAGUUGUAAAUGAGAACUUGUUCUCAACUGGCUUCCCUGGUUAAAUAAAGGUGAAAUAAAAAGAUAAAAAAAGAAAAAGGGUAGAACCUUCCAAAAUGGUUCCAUAUAGCACCAAAAAGGGAUCCGCUAUGGUUACAAGACAAAGAACCCUUAUCUGGCACCAUGUAGAACCAUUUGGUUUUAGUGUGCAUAUACACACUUCAGCUGAUCACAUACUGCUGUAUGUCUUCUACAUCUGAAGAGACAGCUGGAAUACAGGUACGGGCAACUUCAGAAUAGCUGCCCUGUCUGAUUUCUGGAACUCAGCUGUCAGGAUCAAGGGAAAGAUGAACGGAGCAAAGUACAGAGCGAUCCUUGAUGAAAACCUGCUCCAGAGCGCUCAGGACCUCAGACUGGGGCGAAUAAUAACCUACCAACAGGAUAACGACCCUAAGCACACAGCCAAGACAACGCAGGAGUGGCUUUGGGACAAGUCUCUGAAUGUCCUUGAGUGGCCCAGCCAGAGCCCGGACUCGAACCCGAUCUAACAUCUCUGGAGAGACCUGAAAAUAGCUGUGCAGCGAUUCUCCCCAUCCAACCUGACAGAGCUUGAGAGGAUAUGCAGAGAAGAAUGGGAGAAACUCCCCAAAUACAGGUGUGCCAAGCUUGUAGCGUCAUACCCAAGAAGACUCGCUGCUGUAAUCGCUGCCAAAGGUGCUUCAACAAAGUACUGAGUAAAGCGUCUGAAUACUUAUAUAAAUGUGAUAUUUCUAUUUCUAUAUUUCUAUAAAAAUCCUGUUUUUGCUUUGUCAUUAUGGGGUAUUGUGUGUAGAUUGAUGAGGAGGAAAAAACUAUUUAAUCAAUUUUAAAAUAAGGCUGUAACGUAACAAAAUGUGAAAAAAGUCAAGGGGACUGAAUACUUUCCGAAUGCACUGUAAAUUCUUGCAAUUCUACACAUUUUGCCAUGGGAAGUAAAUAAAAUGUUGCAGUUUUAAAGCAAGUUUCCUGCAAUUCUACUAAUUUUGUCUUAGGGUGAAGAGAAAUGUUUGCAGUUUUGAAUAUGAUAUCUGAGUUAGAGUGCCUAACAAAAUCAAUGGGGUACCCCUGUUGGUAAUUUGACCAUGAUUACUACAAGUAAUAACAGGACCCUCGAUGUGAGAAACUUAAACAAGUCAAACUAAUAUCAUUGAAGAGUUGUUCACUUACACGGUAGAGACAAUAUAGUCCCAGUAACAGGUUGAGUUUUGCUGAUGUAAUAUGCUCUUUAGGAAUCAUGCAGAGGUGGAAUCAUAUUUUUUUGGUCUGUCAUUUAACAGACGCUCUUAUCCAGAGCGACUUACAAGAACAAUUAGGGUUAAGUGCCUUGGGCACGUUAACAGAUUUUUCACCUAGUUGGCUCGUGGACUCGAACCAGCAACCUUUCGAUUAUUGGCCCAACAUUUUAACCGCUAGGCCAGUUUUUGAGAAUUGUGUUUGUUUUGAUUAAUAUUGUUGUAUUUAUUGUAUGUUCAUGUUCACAGGGCUUCCUUGCAAAUGAGACCCUGGUCUCACCCUGUAGAAAUAAAAGUAAAAAAUAACGUUCCAGUUUUCCGUACGUCGUGUAAUAUAUUGGGUUGUGUUUGUGUAUUUCUAUGCUGUUGUCUCUAAAUGAAUUUCCAUGUAAAUGGACAAUAAAGUAUAUGGUAUCGUAGCGCAAACAGGACCCUCUGGAAUCUGACAGAACAGCAUCUAACUAGAUUUAUUAAAAUAAAAAUCUAAUCAAAUGAUUGACAACCUUGAUGAAGCUGAGAAAUAAUGACUGUAUCGAAAGAAGAGGAGGGUGCUCAACCAACGUGAGUCGAGGUGCAAAACAUGGAAUCAUCAUUGCAAAGGAAAAGGCACAACACUUCCUCGCCAUUAAAAAUGAUUUGUUUUAUUUAAGCAAGGUUAAGAGGUAAACGUUUCAGCCUUCAAUGGCCUUCAUCAGAAUAAUCACACAAAGGGAAUGGACAAGUUCACACAGGGUACGGGGAACACAAUUAGACAAUUAGGGAGAAAACUCUCUACAGCUGGUGGUGCUAAUGAGAGAGGGUGUGGUGGACUAUACAGGUUGGUCCUCAGGGUGAUGAGUGAGGAAGUUACAGAGGGUCAAAGAUCAUACCUCCCCAAAACUGCUAACCUCCCCUAUUAUUGGUAAUGGUGAGAGGUUACAUGGGGCAUUACUCUCAAGGUAGCAGGCUGGCUGAAAAACAUCAAGGGGGAUGACUGGGUCAAAAUACUGUAGGGUGAUGUCUGCCAAAUAUUAUGUGUCCCCUACAAUGUGACUGGCUCCAUCAACCUGAAUAAUUACUUCAUAAUUCAGUUUAGAUGGACAUUUUUACAAGUCUAUGUAAUGUUCCUAUGGAAUGCCAUUAGUGCAUCCACCAUAAAGAUAUGCCAUCUCAUCAACUGCCUGACUAUCAAUUUUCUUAUGCACUGGCCAAAUGACAUAUGCCGUGAUCUGUCCUGUAGUUUCUCAAGGCCUUCCUUCCAAAUCUUGUUUCGUUCUCUCGACUGGAAGGAUGGAGGAGUUUAAGGAUGGGGUUUGAAGGGGAGGUGCUGGCUGGCUGCUUACACUCACCGUUAGUUUUGUGUCUUAUGAUAGCUAGCUUGUUGCAAGUCAGAACAUUUAUCAGAAACACAACCUCUGUUUGGAGUCUCGGCUUCGAGGCUAUGUCUCCUGAGGUUGUGGAUUAUGGUCCAAUCUGAGCACUGACAUCAAUCAAAACAGUUAGUCUUGAACAGUUAUCCUAUUUCCCAUGUAAAAUAGCCUUUGGGUGACCAAAUCAUCACCCAUACUAUAUUUUCCCCUUUUAAAUCCUCAGUUGAUAAAACGUACCUUUUUCUCUCAUCUCUAACUAUCAGUAAGAGUGAAGGACAGGCUAGGUGGCCAUAGCAACAUACAAACUUGUAAUACAUUACAUCAUGUUUUGACAAAUCAUUUGUUUAUCCAACCAUUUGUUCAUUUGUGGGCUUGUGUGUGUGUGUGUGUGUGUGUGUGUGUGUGUGUGUGUGUGUGUGUGUGUGUGUGUGUGUGCAGAGAGACGCUGGGGAGGGGAGUGUGUGUCAGUCAUUCAGGGAUAAAUAGAGAGGCAGAGCUCAGAGUUUGUCAGAAGGUUGACCUGACAGGGUCACACAUAGGACCAAGCAGGAGCAGGACCUCAGCAUUUGGACCCUUUAUUACAAAUGGAGACACAUGAAGAUGUUCAAUACUGUUUUCAAGACAGAAACUCUUCUUGCAGAAAGGCUUUGCUAUCGACAUCUAUCUACAUAACACUGUACAUCUUCUUCUCAUUGAUUUCAGCAGUUACAGUAUUUUUGAACAUGCUGGUGAUCAUCUCCAUCUCUCACUUCAAGCAGCUCCACACUCCAACCAACCUGCUCAUCCUCUCUCUGGCUGUGGCAGAUUUCCUGGUGGGACUGAUUGUGAUACCAUUAAUGACUGUAGCAUUAAUGGAACCAUGCUGGAAUGUUGGGGAAUAUUUCUGUGGGUUUUAUUUCUACAUCACUUGUUUGUGUUCUUCUUUAUCUGUGGGCAGUUUGGUCUUGAUAUCUAUUGACCGUUAUGUUGCUGUGUGUGAUCCCUUAAUGUACCACUCUAAAAUAACAAUAACAAGAAUGAUGUGUUGUAUAUCCAUUACCUGGUGUUUUUGUAUCAUAUACGAUGCUGCUAUUGCAAAAAUAGUUGUAAAUGUACAGGUACCCAGUAUGUGUUUGAAAGAAUGUUUUACUGUAGAAGGGUCAGUCUUGGGUACUAGAAUUGACUUUGUAAUUACAAUGGUUGUCCCGUGCUCUAUUAUUAUAACACUUUAUUUGAAAAUAUUUGUGGUGGCCAUAUCACAGGCCAGAAAGGUAUUUUCAAAAGAGGCUGCCAGUGUGUCUGGUGUUAAAACUGUACAGGCAAAUAAGUCAGAGAGAAAAGCAUCAAAAACUCUAGCUAUUGUUGUUUUCACCUAUCUAAGUUGUUGGAUUCCAUUUUUUUUUUAUUUACAUUUUUUUUUUAUUGACAAUUUUUUAUCAUUUAUCAUCAGCUGUCUGCCACUUGUUAAUUCCUUAAUUAAUCCAAUAAUUUAUGCUUUCUUUUAUCCAUGGUUCAAAGUAACAGCUAAACUUAUUUUAACUUUGAAGUUAAGAUGUUCAUAGUUCCUAUGCUUUUAUUCCUAAAUAUGACACACAUAGGUUUGAUAUGUUUUGUAAUACAUUUGUUGAAAUUGCUUCUUUCAUGUAACAAUACACUGACAUUAUUCAUCUCAGUGUUGUCAUCAUAGAUACAUGUGGUGGUGAUACAGAAUGAUUUGGAUGGAUUGGAAUGGAAUGACUUGGAGAAGGUAUAUGAAGGCAUAAGCUUGUUUUAUAAAAUACAUUGUAGUCAUUUAGGGUUGAAUAUUCCAAAUACCAAAGUCUGUGGUUGUUCCAUGUUAUUUAAUGAUAAAAAGGAAGUAUUCCAAUAGUACAUUCCGAGGACGUCAAGAUUCAUUCUAUAUGUUGUUUAACAUCACCCUCUAGUGGCUCAAUUGGGACACAACGCCUUCAUCAAGUGUGGUAGAGUUUAGAUGUACAAUAAUGCAUGAUAUCAGAUAACGUCCAAGUCUAUCUCAAUGGUGUAUUGUAGUAGUUCAUGGUGAAAUGUAAGAAUAUGCAAUUAUGGGUAACACUUUAUAGUGUUCCGUAAUAAAUCAUUUGUAAGGCAUUUACAGUUUGCUCACCAUUUAUUAAUCAUUACUCCCACAUUUGUUAAAUGUUAGUAAGCUAGGUAUUUUCACAUUGAUAUAUAACUACUCUAUGCAUUAAUGAUAAAACACAACAGCGCAGGAGAUCGCAGCAGACACUUCAACCUCAACAUACUGGGUAUGAACACUACAAAAGUUGUUUAUAAAUGUGUGAAUAAAUUACUAAAACUAAUGUGUGUGUAAUGAUAAAUGAUGAAGAAAAUAUUUACUUUUUAAAGCUGCAAUAUGUAACUUUUUGGGUGACCCGUCCAAAUUCACAUAGAAAUAUGAGUUAUAGAGCUGUCAUUCUCAUUGAAAGAAGCGGUAGAUCUGUUCUAUGUAAGCUAUUACUAUGUUUCCCAUUCUUAAGUUUAGUUUUGUACUCCUUGGCUGUGUUGCCGACGGCUGUGUAGAUGGCUGAGUUACCUUCUUUAGAGCCUGUACCAUGUACAAAUCAUUUUUGGAUUUGACAUCAAAUGUUUAAUAUGAGGCGACAUUAUAGAAUGACACCUUUUAUUUGAGGGUAUUUUCAUAUGUAAAUUAGAACACCUUAUGUAUCUAGUCCCCCCAUUUGAAGAAGCCAUAAGAAUUUGGACAACUUCACUUGUGGUGUAUUAAAGGGAGUAACCCUUUAAACAUAAUGUUCAGUUAAAUUAUGUAUUUAGAUAUUGGUUCCCUUACCCUGUAAGCAGUCUAUGAACUGCUCUAAUGAGUGACUACAAUCCACCCUUUGGUUUUGGUAGUCACGCCAACAAACACGAAUGUUAGCAUUUUCAGAGAAAAUACGUUGCUUCCUUCAGCAUACUACUAAAACAGUGUGACUGUUUUGGAAUAAAACGUUCAGUAUAUUUCCUUUAACAUCCUCUGUGUUGUGUGCUUAUUGUUUAACCAUUGAUAUGUUCUAGGUCAUUUUGAGACCUUAAGGAGCAUCAGGUACUGCUGGAAUGUCUACCAAUGGCAUGUCCAUCUUUUUGUGAGAAUUUACAAUGGUCACUCAACGUUUAUUAAGGAUGAAUAGUCCUCGCUUUAGGGACUGCAACACAACUUUGCCAAUGAUUGGUAAAUGGGUUACAAGGACAUUUAUCAAACAUCUUAUGAAGGAUGUUAUUACAUACUAUAAAAGUUAUUUAUAAAUGUGUGAACAACUAGCUUAGUAACACAAAUGUGGGAGUAAUUAUGAAUAAAUGAAUAAACUAUUUCUUAAUCCAUUAAAUAUUAUUUAUUACAAGGUGUUAUUAUAAAGUGGUACCCAAUUUCUAUAUUCAUUCAGACUCAACAGCAUCUGAGAGCUGCUCUGGCAUGACCCCUGACCUGGCAGCAAUCUGACACUAUGAAUCAUUAAUGCAUUUAGUAGUUAUUUAUAAAUGUGAAAAUACCUAGCUUACUAACAUUUAACAAAUCUGUCAGUAAUGAUUAAUACAUGGUGAGCAAACUGUAAAUGCCGUACAAAUGGUUUAUUACUGAACAUUAAAGUUUUAUCCAUAAAUGCAUAUUCUUACAUUUCACCAUGAACUACUACAAUACACCAUUGAGUUAGACCUGGAAGUUAUCUGAUAUCAUGCAUUAUUGUACAUUUCAACUUUACUGCACUUGUUGAAGACGUUGUGUCCCAAUUGAGCCACUAGAGGGAGAUGUUAAACAACAUAUAGAAUGAAUCUUGACGUCCUCGGAAUGUACUAUUGGAAUACUUCCUUUUUAUCAUUAAAUAACAUGGAACAACCACAGACUUUGGUAUUUGGAAUAUACAAACCAAAUUGACUACAAUGUAUUUUAUAAAACAAGCUUAUGCCUUCAUAUACCUUCUCCAAGUCAUUCCAUUCCAAUCCAUCCAAAUCAUUCUGCAUCAACACCACAUGUAUCUAUGAUGACAACACUGAGAUGAAUAAUGUCAGUGUAUUGUUACAUGAAAGAAGCAAUUACAACAAAUACACUGCUCAAAAAAAUAAAGGGAACACUAAAAUAACACAUCCUAGAUCUGAAUGAAUGAAAUAAUCUUAUGAAAUACUUUUUUCUUUACAUAGUUGAAUGUGCUGACAACAAAAUCACACAGAAAUUAUUAAUGGAAAUCAAAUUUAUCAACCCAUGGAGGUCUGGAUUUGGAGUCACCCUCAAAAUUAAAGUGGAAAGCCACACUACAGGCUGAUCCAACUUUGAUGUAAUGUCCUUAUAACAAGUCAAAAUGAGGCUCAGUAGUGUGUGUGGCCUCCACGUGCCUGUAUGACCUCCCUACAACGCCUGGGCAUGCUCCUGAUGAGGUGGCGGAUGGUCUCCUGAGGGAUCUCCUCCUAGACCUGGACUAAAGCAUCCGCCAACUCCUGGACAGUCUGUGGUGCAACGUGGCGUUGGUGGAUGGAGCGAGACAUGAUGUCCCAGAUGUGCUCAAUUGGAUUCAGGUCUGGGGAACGGGCGGUCCAUAGCAUCAAUGCCUUCCUCUUGCAGGAACUGCUGACACACUCCAGCCACAUGAGGUCUAGCAUUGUCUUGCAUUAGGAGGAACCCAGGGCCAACCGCACCAGCAUAUGGUCUCACAAGGGGUCUGAGGAUCUCAUCUCGGUACCUAAUGGCAGUCAGGCUACCUCUGGCGAGCACAUGGAGGGCUGUGCGGCCCCCAAAGAAAUGCCACCCCACACCAUGACUGACCCACCGCCAAACCGGUCAUGCUGGAGGAUGUUGCAGGCAGCAGAACGUUCUCCACGGCGUCUCCAGACUCUGUCACGUCUGUCACAUGUGCUCAGUGUGAACCUGCUUUCAUCUGUGAAGAGCACAGGGGCCAAUGGCGAAUUUGCCAAUCUUGGUGUUCUCUGGCAAAUGCCAAACGUCCUGCACGGUGUUGGGCUGUAAGCACAACCCCCACCUGUGGACGUCGGGCCCUCAUACCACCCUCAUGGAGUCUGUUUCUGACCGUUUGAGCAGACACAUGCACAUUUGUGGCCUGCUGGAGGUCAUUUUGCAGGGCUCUGGCAGUGCUCCUCCUGCUCCUCCUUGCACAAAGGCGGAGGUAGCGGUCCUGCUGCUGGGUUGUUGCCCUCCUACGGCCUCCUCCACGUCUCCUGAUGUACUGGCCUGUCUCCUGGUAGCGCCUCCAUGCUCUGGACACUACGCUGACAGACACAGCAAACCUUCUUGCCACAGCUCGCAUUGAUGUGCCAUCCUGGAUGAGCUGCACUACCUGAGCCACUUGUGUGGGUUGUAGACUCCGUCUCAUAAUACCACUAGAGUGAAAGCACCGCCAGCAUUCAAAAGUGACCAAAACAUCAGCCAGGAAGAAUAGGAACUGAGAAGUGGUCUGUGGUCACCACCUGCAGAACCACUUCUUUAUUGGGGGUGUCUUGCUAAUUGCCUAUAAUUUCCACCUGUUGUCUAUUCCAUUUGCACAACAGCAUGUGACAUUUAUUGUCAAUCAGUGUUGCUUCCUAAGUGGACAGUUUGAUUUCACAGAAGUGUGAUUGACUUGGAGUUACAUUGUGUUGUUUAAGUGUUCCCUUUAUUUUUUUGAGCAGUGUAUAUUACAAAACAUAUCAAACCUAUGUGUGUCAUAUUUAGGAAUAAAAACAUAGGAACUAUGAACAUCUUAACUUCAAAGUUAAAAUAAGUUUAGCUGUUACUUUGAACCAUGGAUAAAAGAAAGCAUAAAUUAUUGGAUUAAUUAAGGAAUUAACAAGUGGCAGACAGCUGAUGAUAAAUAAUGAUACAUUGUCAAUGAAAAAAAAAGUAAAUAAAAAUAAAAUGGAAUCCAACAACCUAGAUAGGUGAAAACAACAAUAGCUAGAGUUUUUGCUGCUUUUCUCUGGCAGACAUCACCCUACAGUAUUCUGACCCAGUCAUCCCCCUUGAUGUUUUUCAGCCAGCCUGCUACCUUGAGAGUAAUGCCCCAUGUAACCUCUCACCAUUACCAAUAAUAGGGGAGGUUAGCAGUUUUGGGGAGGUAUGAUCUUUGACCCUCUGUAACUUCCUCACUCAUCACCCUGAGGACCAACCUGUAUAGUCCACCACCCCCUCUCUCAUUAGCACCAGCAGCUGUAGAGAGUUUUCUCUCUGUCUAAUUGUGUUCCCCGUACCCUAUGUGAACUUGUCCAUUCCCUUUGUGUGAUUAUUCUGAUGAAGGCCAUUGAAGGCUGAAACGUUUACCUCUUAACCUUGCUUAAAUAAAACAAAUCAUUUUUAAUGGCGAGGAAGUGUUGUGCCUUUUCCUUUGCAAUGAUGAUUAUAUUUUUUGCACCUCGACUCACGUUGGUUGAGCACACUCCUCUUCUUUCGAUACAGUCAUUAUUUCUCAGCUUCAUCAAGGUUGUCAAUCAUUUGAUUAUAUUUUUAUUUUAAUAAAUAUAGUUAGUUGCUGUUCUCUCAGAUUCCAGAGGGUCCUGUUUGCGCUACGAUACCAUAUACUUUAUUGUCCAUUUACAUGGAAAUUCAUUUAGAGACGUCAGCAUAGAAAUACACAAACACAACCCAAUAUAUGACACGACGUACGGAAAACUGGAACAUUAGUACACAAGUCACACAUUAACAUAUUCACAUAUUGGAAACAUGCUGGGCUCUGUCAUAAUGACACUUAUAUCACUCUACCAAUGAAAGGUGUCAACCACACACUCAAAUACAUCUACUACAUUUAUAUAUAUAUACAGUGGGGGAAAAAAGUAUUUAGUCAGCCACCAAUUGUGCAAGUUCUCCCACUUAAAAAGAUGAGAGAGGCCUGUCAUUUUCAUCAUAGGUACACGUCAACUAUGACAGACAAAUUGAGAAAAAAAAAUCCAGAAAAUUACAUUGUAGGAUUUUUUAUGAAUUUAUUUGCAAAUAUGGUGGAAAAUAAGUAUAUAUUUUGUACUUUUAUUUAUACAGGGUGGGUCACCAUUGAGACCAGGGUCUCAUUUGCAAGGAAGCCCUGUGAACAUGAACAUACAAUAACUACAACAAUAUUAAUCACAACAAACACAAUUCUCAAACACCGGCGGCAGGUAGCCUAGAGGUUAAGAUGUUGGGCAAAUAAUUGAAAGGUUGCUGGUUCGAAUCCAUGAGCUAACUAGGUGAAAAAUAAUGAUAACAGCGUCUGUUAAAUGACAGACCAAAAAAAUAUGAUUUCACCUCUGCAUGAUUCCCUAAAGAGCAUAUUACAUCAGCAAAACUCAACCUGUUACAGGUUGUCUAUACCGUGUAAGUGAACAUCUCUUUUUAUUGAUAUUAGUUUGAUUUGUUUAAGUUUCUCACAUCGAGGGUCCUGUUAUUACCUGUAUGCAAGGCUCUGGAAUAAUGAGGUCCAAAACUCUAAGGAAAUCUACCAAUGAAAGGUGUUGGAGAAACACAAAUGCUUUACUCCAGUAAGGUCCUAAUACAGCAUAAACAUUCAAAGUGAACCUGAGUACACCUCUAUUGUCUUUUGUGUGGUUUGCAAGCCCUGCCACAUCCGACGAGCGUCGGAGCCGGUAUAGUACGAUUCGAUCUUAGUCCUGUAUUGACGCUUUGCCUGUUUGAUGGUUCGUUGGAGGGCAUAGCGGGAUUUCUUAUAAGUUUCCGGGUUAGAGUCCCGUUCCUUGAAAGCGGCAGCUCUACCCUUUAGCUCAGUGCGGAUGUUGCCUGUAAUCCAUGGCUUCUGGUUGGGGUAUGUACGUACAGUCACUGUGGGGACGACGUCAUAGAUGCACUUAUUGAUGAAGCCAGUGACUGAUGUGGUGUACUCCUCAAUGCUAUCUGAAGAAUCCCAGAACAUAUUCCAGUCUGUCCUAGCAAAACAGUCCUGUAGCUUAGCAUCUGCUUCAUCUGACCACUUUUUUUAUUGACCGAGUCACAGGUGCUUCCUGCUUUAGUUUGUAGUUAUCCUGCCUCUGAAUCAUGACUCUGUCACAGAUAGGAUCUGAACCCUGGUAUCCUGAGUGGAAAACCAACAUCUGAACCAAUAGGCCAAGAAGGAAGUACCUCUUGGACCGAGGGUGACACUGAUUUUGAAGUACCAGGCAGGGCUACCAUGAAGAAGUAGGUUUUCAGACUACACCUACCCAUAACCUCACUCAAGUCUCAAUCCUACACCACUCUCUAUAGUGUUCUGACAAAUAACAAGACAUUUUCACAAGUACAGAACUGAAAUGUCUUUUCUUUUUUUUUAUAUCCUCUCUUAGUUGGCAGAUCCUGAUUUCAUGGGGCAUGAUCCAGGAUCGACACAUAUAUAUUAUGAUCAAGAAUCAAUUUAGACAUAUCUUACAUACCAAAAGACUCAACAGCACGUGAGAGAGCUGCUCUGGUGUGACCCCUGACCUGGCAGCAGUGAUGUAGUGAGAGCAGUGGUAGUGAGAGCAGUGGUAGUGAGAGCAGUGGUAGUGAGAGCAGUGGUAGUGAGAGCAGUGGUAGUGAGAGCAGUGGUAGUGAGAGCAGUGGUAGUGAGAGCAGUGGUAGUGAGAGUAGUGGUAGUGAGAGUAGUGGUAGUGAGAGGGUAGUGGUAGUGAGAGCAGUGGUAGUGAGAGCAGUGGUAGUGAGAGCAGUGGUAGUGAGAGUAGUGGUAGUGAGAGCAGUGGUAGUGAGAGCAGUGGUAGUGAGAGCAGUGGUAGUGAGAGUAGUGGUAGUGAGAGCAGUGGUAGUGAGAGUAGUGGUAGUGAGAGCAGUGGUAGUGAGAGCAGUGGUAGUGAGAGCAGUGGUAGUGAGAGCAGUGGUAGUGAGAGCAGUGGUAGUGUUCAUACCCAGUACGUUGAGGUUGAAGUGUCUGCUGCGGUCUCCUGUGCUGCUGUGUUUCCAUCGUUCAGCCAGGUGAUAGCAGGAAGAGGGAUGCCAGAGGCCUCACAGGGUUGUUCACCACCACACUCACAUUUUCUGGGACCUGGUUCUGACCACAGAUCCUGGGGGAGUCUGGAGGGACAAAACACAUUCGUAUAUUAACACACAUAUAGAAACACAUCACGUACAGAAUGUGGACCCAAAUGGCAGAUAAACAUGAAGGCAUGAAGACAUCAUACUAUAGAUCAGAUUAGCAGGUGUAGGUGAUUUGAAGUUUUAUUUUCUGACGUAUACUCCAUUUCAUAGAGGAUAGCCCCUCCCACUCUCUAUGUUAUGUUAUGGUACGUUGGUGAGUCUCACCAUGUAUGUUGAUGUCAUGCUUGCUGUUGGCCUGUCCCGGCACAUUCACAGCCACACGUGUAGAGUCCUGUGUCCAACACCUUGGCGUCCUUUAUCUGCAGCAGACGCCCCUUGUUCAGCACUUGAGCCCCACACUGGCCUGUGAUUAGUCGACCGUCCUUCAACCAUGUGACCGCUGGGCGGGUGUGUUUUGCAUGUCUGUUGUAAAGUUUCUAAGAUAGUGGAUUUUCAAGAAGCAAAGUGUCACCUGCCACAUCAUCAUGAUGAUGCGUUUUGCAUCAUAUGAUUAAUUUUGCAUCAUAUGAUGAUGUGGCAGGUGACACUUUGAUUCAUGUUUUCCAGUGAAAUUAUCCUUUAAAGCUGGAAACCAUAGCGGUGAAACUGCCAACUCCGUUUGCGAUAUUACAACAACAAAGUUACUUCAAACAAGGAAGUUCGUUUUUUCCCCUCAGACAUCAUUGAACAGUAUGUACUAUGCAAUUUUUUUACCACGAUGCAGGAUGCUCCUCAAUGGUUCUGUUUCACCUUAUGCGGAUCUCAUCUUAAAAUAUAUAUAUAUAUUCUUUCAUUAUAUGAUUAGGAACUGUUAAGUUGCGUCAAUUCAAAUCUGGUAUUAGGAACAAAAGAGGUCAAUACACGUCUUCUAAAAUAGACUAGUAUUUUAAUUAAUGCAAACCACUUCAAUGGUAAAUAUGAUGUUCGUAUAUACGGGUCCACUGAAAUACGUCGCAGGGCACUCAGAGAACUGGUCCAUUGUUAUGAGUUCUUCUUAAAAUACUCUGACAGAGAUAGUUCCCGCUCCCUGCUGGCCAAUCAGAGUAGAGACUGAGCGUGGUUUAGACUUACUCAGCCAAUCCGUUGGCGCACAGGCUGGUCCCAUCCCCUUGGCGCUCCACUGUUGCCAGGCAUAAGUUGUUUUGCAACUUAUCCAGAAAGUCAGCACUUUUGCAGUACACGUCCUUGGACGGUUCACAGAUCACAAAGAAGCAGUGUAGUCUAGUAUUUUGAGACACAAGUUCUUAUCUCAUCCUACCCCCUAACGUUCCUCACAUGAAUCACAGCUUGUUAUGUGAAACAAUCCAUAUCAGCACAGUACAAACCUUCUACGUUUUAAUCAUUAAUGCAUUCUUUCUAAGUUAGUCAUCCCAUCCAGUUAUGAGAAAAUAAAUCCCCACAGAACUCAGUCAGGGUCUCAACUUGAUGGUAAGAGUUAGAAUAGUAGAAUACAGGUAAAAUUGUGGCAUUUCGUUGUGCAUCAGCAGUUUUUCCCUUGUUAUGUCAGUUAACAUUUUUUAGAUUUGUAAAUUAGUAUAGCCAGCAGUCUAAACUUGUAGUAAUCAUGGUCAAAUUACCAACUGGGGAUCCCCAUUGAUUUUGUUAGGCACUCUAACUCAGAUAUCAUAUUCAAAACUGAAAACAUUUAUCUUCACCCUACGACAAAAUUAGUAGAAUUGCAGGAAAUUAGCUCUAAAACUGCAAAAAAAUAUUCUCAGCCCCAUGGCAAAAUGAGUAGAAUUGCAGGAAACUUGCUUUAAAACUGCAACAUUGUCUUUACUCCCCAUGGCAAAAUGUGUAGAAUUGCAAGAAAUUACAGUGCAUUCGGAAAGUAUAAGACCCCUUGACUUUUUCAAAAUGUUGUUACGUUACAGCCUUAUUUUAAAAUUGAUUUUAAAACAUGUUUUCCCUCAUCAAUCUACACACAAUACCCCAUAAUGACAAAGCAUAAACAGUUUUUAUAUUUUAAAAAAAUGAUUAAAAACAAAACACUGAAAUAUAACAUUUAAAUACGUUUUCAGACCCUUUACUCAGUACUUUGUUGAAGUACAGUUGAAGUCGGAAGUUUACAUACACUUAGGUUGGAGUCAUUAAAACUUGGUACUGGCAGAGAACUGGCGUAAACAGGGUCAUAACUACAGACUGGUGCUGGAGCUGCAGCCACAUCCAGUCCACACCCUGACCACAGACACCUUCAUGUCCCACCAUCCGGGGGAAGGCUGUCCCCUUCAGGCCGACUGUAACCCUCCCAGAGUUCCAGGCCUCACUGGUGGCUGUAUCCCUGAACCCGCUCCAGUGCCGCUCUCGGCAGAAGAGGAGCGCCGUCUACCUCCCGGUGAUGCCCAGAAACGUGUGUAAGCCCCGCCGCCUCUACAUCGACUUCAAGGAUGUGGGCUGGCAGGACUGGAUCAUCGCUCCGCAGGGCUACCUGGCCAACUACUGCCACGGAGAGUGCCCGUUCCCACUGAGCGAGAGCCUGAACUGCACCAACCACGCCGUCCUGCAGACACUGGUGCACUCCCUGGACCCCCGCAGCAUGCCCCAGCCCUGCUGCGUUUCCAUCCACCUGUCACCUGUCUCAAUGCUCUACUACGACAACAACAACAACAUAGUCCUACGUCACUACCAGGACAUGGUGUUGGAUGAAUGUGGCUGCAGAUGA